AUGGUAGACUCGUCGGAUUGGCCCCGAAUUCAGAUUCGUGGCCGACCCAACAGAUCAUACUCUAAAAACUUUAUAACCAAACAAGUUGAAAAGAAAUUAGGUGUUGAUUUAAAUGGUGAUGGUGUUAUUGGUUCAGGUCGUGGUCAGUCACAAGGUCAUGGGGGUGCCGGUGGAGGUAUGAUGAAUCAAGUGGAAAAAACUGCUCAUAUGGAUCUCAAUGGGGAUGGUCGUGUGGGUGGUGGUAUGGGUCAUGGUCCGCAAGGUGGACAUGGAUAUGGAAAUAAUCCUCACUCGGGUGGUGGUGGUGGUGGUGGCGUAAUGAAUCAAUUGGAGAAAGCUACUCAUAUGGAUUUAAACGGUGAUGGUCGUGUUGGUGGCUCAGGUCAUCAUUAA